AUGUAUCAACAAUUCCACAUUGAAACUGUCUCCCGGCGCAUGUUAGCAUUUUCACGUCUGAGAAAAAUCAAAGCGCGUGAGCCUCACGCGCCUGAGUGCUCCUCCUACCUUUGUCGUCACUUUCUCUCUUUCUCUCUCCACCUUCACUUCGCCGACGUUUCUGUCUCUUCUUUCAGAUCAGCUUCAGUUUUGAUCGAAUCUGUAAGAAAGUCGAAAAAUUCUCGAUCUACGUUUCAAUCAAUUGCGUUUCUUGUCAUUAUGAUGAGAAGAGAUGAAAUUUAUGCACCUAAGAUGCCAACCCUGGUUGACCUUUGCGUUCAGAAAGUCAUUGAUAAUGUAAGGUACCUUGGAAACGUUGGUGGUGUUGAACAGCAUCUGCUUGAGCGAAUCUUGCCACACUGCACAGUUGACCAGUUGAUGCAUGUGGAGAAGUCCACAAAGGGAAGAGAUCUCAGCCCUGUAACUGAUAAGUUGUGGAAAAAGUUUUUUGAAAAGCAGUUUGGCAUAAAUUCCACUAAUGAAGUGAUUAAGAGGAUGAAAGAAAAGAAAGUGUCAUUUAGAUGGAUGCAGUUAUAUGAGGCAAAAGGAAAGGAAAUGGCCCAGGUUGAGAAUGAAGCACUUGAUCGAAUCAAGCAACUGUACAAAAAAGAAGAUGCAAGAAAACAGAGUAGACAAGUAAGGCCAUGCACUAAAGUUCCACCUUCAAGUAAAAGAAGAUUUUGGGGAGAUAACGGACCUGGAUACAAUGUAUCAAAUGUGAAGAGCAAUAUAAUGAAGAAGGCGAAGAUAGAAUUUAUGAAGAGGUAA